UUGGGAUGAGAAUCCUUGUAGCUCCGAAAUGAAAAUGAGCCUGGUUCUGUUGUGCCUAGUUCUUCUCUGGGGAGCAUCUCUCAGUGAAGGGUGCAAUCCUGAGCUCCAGGAGGAUGUGGACUUCCCAGGAAAUGACAUCCUGCAGAUCCUCUCUCCAGAUGCGAUCCACUGCCAGAUCGCCUGCACUCAGCACCACUUAUGCCUCUUUUUCUCAUUUCUUCGAUCUGAUUGGACCGAGAACAACGACCAGUUCUACUGCUACCUGAAGUACACGGACUCCAAAAAACCACCCAAAAUUAUUAAUAGGGAAGGCAUCACUUCUGGCUACGCGCUGAAUUCCUGUGAAAAUCGCAGCAGAAAAACUUGUCUGUCAGCUGUCUAUAAAGAUAUUGACGUUGGAGGAUCCAAUUUCGCGAAGCUCUAUGUAGCGGACUAUGAGGACUGUCAGAAGGCUUGCACUAAAGACCCAGGCUGCCAGAUCUUCUCCUUUACUAACGAACACUUCUCACAACCUCAAUACAGAAAUGGCUGCUGGCUGAAACACUUCAGGGUUUUUCCCAGUCCCCCAAAAGUCCAGCUCUCGAACGGAGUGACAAGUGGCUUCUCACACACAAUUUGUACUGGCAGCAGCACGGACAGAAACAAAUGCCGGUACAAGUUGCAAACCAACACAAAUUUUCCCGGGUAUGACUUUGAGGAGAUUCCUUCACCCUCACCUGAAUACUGCCAAUUUUUAUGCACCAUCCAUCCACAUUGCACCUUCUAUUCAUACGCAAGGGACACGAUGGUUUGCUUCUUAAAGAACACCAAAGAAGAACGGUCCCAUACUUCAGAUGAAGGAGUCACCUCAGGCUACCCAACACGGUUCUGUGAGUCCUCAGACGAAUGCGUGAGGACUUCGUAUGAAAACAUACACUUUCCAGGGUCCAACAGGCGCUCCAUCCAGGUGAACAACGCACAGAGCUGCCAAGAAGCCUGCACGUCUGAUCCCGACUGCCAAUUCUACUCCUACAUAAGCGGAGGGGAAUGUUUCCUGAAGCAUGUGAUCACAGUCCCCGUGCCUUCAAAGGUGGUUAACAGGAAGGGUGUGGUUUCUGGGUUCCACCUGAGGGACUGCUGAGCAGAGUGGAAGGAAGGAUAAGACAGGUAUAUGACUAUGCAAGACCAUUCAAGAUGCAAGAACACGACUCACAUGCUCCAUCCAAAGCAUAUAAGAUGACGUUUGACUAAGUGAGCUGCAAGAUUCGCCAAGACAUUUCACUUACCUUAAGGCAUGAGAAACUCUGCAGACGGAUAGAUGCCUCCCACAAGGCAAAAUUUGAAGACAAAAUACAUAUUUUACUGGAAUAAAUACAAUCUAUAUAGGAAUUGUUGCAACAAGGAAUACAAAGUUUGAAAAAAUUACUGAAAUGUCUGAAAUGAAAGGCCAACUUGUGAAAACACAUAGGUGUUCACAUUCAGUAUACAUACGUACCAUUUUACACUAAGGACACUGCACUUACCUGUUCAUGCUUCAGACAUUCAAAUGUUAAAAUGAGGUGUUAUUACUUUCUGGUCUCUCAUAAAAGCAUGUUAUUCUGUCUAAUAGUGCUGUCUUCAUUAAUUCCUUGAUAAGCGAUUGUUUGAUUCAUUAAUUGAUUCAUUAACUAGAUACAUUUUCAGACUUAUGCCAAUUUUAAAUUUGUGUUUCUGUCAAUUACUGAAAUUAUUAGUGCACUUUUUUAGUAAAACUACAUGGUGUGUGCGCUCACGUACAACAGAAUAAUAAAUGUAUGACAUAACAACAGCUUAUUGUUUGAUCAUUAGUCUGAUAUAGGAAUUUCAAUUACUUACAAAGUAAUACAAUGUAUGUAUUCAUGUUUUGUUUAAAUCAGGUGAUAGCCGUUUAUAUUCACAGGUCAAUCCACAAAGUGCAGCAGACACUCAAAAAUGUUUUGGGUUUGAUCACAGAAAGCUUACAUAAAUGAAAAUUCAAACAAUAAACACUGUUCUUAAUAAUGAA